UCCACUAAACACGACUUCUUUUAAUAGCGGUCCCUUGUGGCAGAUUUUCAGGAGACCCUCAGCUGGAUGCUUGCUGCCAAGGGGUGCAAGGGAGCUAUGACAACCCAUGAAUCAGGAAAGUUCCCAUGCCGGACCGGAGCUUUGAAAACUGAGGGAUGUUUUGAGGCGACUAUGAGAAGAUGAAGAGACAAAACGUGCGGACACUCGCCUUAAUUAUCUGCACUUUGUCCUAUUUACUCAUUGGAGCGGGAGUCUUCGACGCUCUCGAGUCAAAGCAGGAGAAAAGCCAGAAGAGCAAACUCGACUAUCGAAAAUUUCUGCUUAUGCAUAAAUAUAAUCUCACCAGGCUUGACUUUGAACAGAUUGAAAAGGUCGUGUUGCUACUGAAGCCUCACAAAGCCGGAGUCCAGUGGAAGUUCGCCGGGUCUUUUUAUUUCGCCAUCACUGUGAUAACGACCAUAGGUUAUGGCCAUGCCGCCCCCAGUACGGAUGCUGGGAAAGCAUUCUGCAUGGGGUAUGCACUUCUGGGCAUCCCCCUCACCCUGGUGAUGUUCCAGAGCCUGGGCGAACGCAUCAACACCUUUGUCCGCUUCCUGUUGCACAAAGCCAAGAAAUGCAUGGGCCUGCGGCGGCCGGAAGUCUCCAUGGCCAACAUGGUGAUCAUCGGCUUCUUUUCCUGCGUCAGCACCUUGUGCAUAGGAGCAGCUGCCUUCUCCCACUACGAAGGUUGGACCUUUUUCCAUGCCUUCUACUACUGUUUCAUCACCCUCACAACCAUCGGUUUCGGGGACUACGUAGCCCUACAGAAGGACAACGCUCUCCAGAACGACCCUCAUUACGUGGCCUUUAGCUUCGUCUAUAUCCUGAUGGGCCUCACAGUAAUUGGUGCUUUCCUCAAUCUAGUGGUGCUACGGUUCAUGACGAUGAACACCGAGGACGAGAGAAGAGACGCAGAGCAGAGGGCGCUGCUCUCCAAAGAUAAACAAAAAGGUCCGGUUUUGCGGCGUCCGGACCCGCCGAGCCCAGUCGCCGCAGGGCGAGAUAAAAGGCGAGGGCUGAAGAGCGUCUACGCUGAGGUGCUUCACUUCCAGACGGUGUGCUCCUGCCUGUGGUACAAAAGCCGAGAGAAAAUGGUGAUCCUCCCGCAGGAUAUGUCCUUCACUGAUGCGCUAAUGGAGCAAGGAGAUGUAUCGCCCCACCACUUCUUUGAAACCGGCCCCACGGGCUGCGUGUGUAACCCUCAACGCUGCUCAGCCAUUAGCACUGUGUCUGCUGACCUGAGAAACAUCUCACCCUUCAGGCUCUUCUCCAAGAGACGCAGCUCUGUCUGAAUCACCUCACUUUCUUAUACAGCCACUGUAGAUCUUUAAUGAGUCACAUGAAUUAUUUUCAUAGCAUUCACAUAAAGAUGCUUGAACGGACCACCUAGAACUCUGCUAGGAGUCUUUUUACACAAACACAUCUAUACUCUAUCAACACUUUGAAGACUUUUAUGAGAAUUCAAAUUGUUGCCUUCAAAUAGCUCAUUUACAGCCUGAUAUGGUGCAAUAGACGGUAACAGCUAUUUAUUAUACAUGUAGUUUGACCAAAAAAAUUAUGAUCUUAAUUUAUCUUGUUCUGAUGAGAAACUAAUGGUAUUAGAGUCGUGAAUUUGUUUAUUUUAGUCAUUUUAGUCAUUUUUUGCUUUGCAUUGCAGGGUUUUACACUAGUCAGAAUUGGAUGGAGAACACCUUUUAAAUUUCAAUUCUGUUUUUGAGUUUGAGUUGAGAUAGUGAACAGAAUUCGAAUUUGAAUGAGAAAGUAGGCUUAAAAUUCAAUUUACCAAUUUUAACAAGAAAAUACCUUUAAAUAUAUGUGACUCCGGACCACAAAACCAGUCAUAAGGGUCAAUUUUUCCAAACUGAUAUAUUUAUACAUCAUAUGAAAUUUAUGCAUCAUAUGAAAGCUGAAUAAAUAAGCUUUCCAUUGAUGUAUGGUUUGCUAUAAUAUUUGGCCGAGAUACAACUAUUUGAAAAUCUGGAAUCUGAGGAUGCAAAAAGUCAAAAUAUUGGGAAAAUCACCUUUAAAGUUGUCAAAUGAAUACUAAUCAAAAAUUAAGUUGUGAUAUAUUUACAGUAGGAAUUUUACAAAAUAUCUUCAUGGAACAUGAUCUUCAGUUAAUAUCCUAAUGAUUUUUGGCAUAAAACAAAAAUCAAUAAUUUUGACCCAUACAAUGUAUUUUUGGCUAUUGCUACAAAUAUACCCCAGCGACUUAAAACUGGUUUUGUGGUCCAGGGUCACAUAUAUAUAUAUAUAUAUAUAUAUAUAUAUAUAUGUAUAUAUAUAAAGAGAUGGACAAAUAGACAGGAAUGUAAAAAUACCAAAUAUGUUCAAUAUAUAUAUAUAUAUUAUAAUAUAUAUAUACUUUAUUCAGUUUAUAUUUUUAAUAACACUUAAUUUCCCAGAAUGCUAUGGAGCCCCCCUGGUGAUAAAAAAAAAAUGAGAUGGGAGGAAAAAAAAAUAUUGCAAUGCAUUCAUAUGGAAAUAAUAUGAGAUAGGAGGGAAACUAUAUUUUAAUUCCUGUGAGAGGGAACGUAAUGUUUCUCAUGGGAAUGCAAAAAGAUUUGCGAGCGAAUGCAAAGACACUCAACUCUUAUAUUUUUUUCAGUGCACACUUAACCUUAAUGAAUGCAUGAUCUGCAUUGAAAUUCUCUGAAUAACAAUUCAAUAAAUUCCUCUUUAUAUCAAUUGACCGGUCAGAGGGAGUUUGAUUGACAGGCGAUCUGACCAGUCAUAAUGCUGAAUUGCCAUUUUUGUCCAACAAACAAACCAGACAGGAGAGUAGAUUAAUAUCUGUGGACUUGAACUUGAAAAAUGUUGUGUGUCAAUGUAUUUCUGUGGUUGAAACAAGAUACCUUCUGAUGUUCAUUCAUGUUUUUUUGUGCUAUAACUAGUAGUAAAGAGGAAGAGAUGAUCGGUUCACUUGCCGCUUGAACUGAGGCGCUAGUGAUCUGUCACAACACAUUAAUGAGCCACAAAAUGGUAUGUAUUGCUUGAAAUUCUUUUAAAAAAACUAUUUUAAAACUUAGACUUUGUUAUAUACCAAAAAUAACCUGCUCUGUCAGUUUCACAACCUCUGUAUUUUUCACAACCAUGUUUUACUGACAGUUUUCGCAAUGUUGCGAUGUUGAGAAAGCUAUGUCUGACACUCUUUAUUAAGUAUGCUAUGAUGUGAUAUUAUUACCAGACUGUCACUCCAUUACUGUAAUGAGUCCCCUAUAAUACGUUGUGCUAGACGUCAGUGUAACCAGCAAAAUGAAACACCUAUCAGGUAUUUGUUGAUCCAGAUGGCAUAUCGACAUGACUCCUGCUUGCUGCCCAGCUCUGUACAGUGUGUAAUGGGAAUAAUCUGACCUUUUGAAAGCUCCUGAAGUAUAUUAACCUGAUGGAGGUCACAUGGAGUGAUAAAACGAUAUUCGGAUUGGCUGCUGAAGACUGUUUUUUUCAAAACUAAGACAGGGUUGUUAAUGUAACAGUGCUAUCAGAGUCAACAUCUCGGCGUGGAAAGUUUAUUAGACUCUUGAACUUAAGGUACCUAAUUACUCUUGAUGUUUAGCACAUGAAAUUCCUUUGAAGAUAACGUGACCUUGGUCUGAACUAAAGCUUUAGGAAAAACAGCAGUUAUCGCAUACGGACUCUCCAAGUGCUCUCAGCACCGAUCUGGACAUCGUGUCCUGUGUAUCCCCCAUGAUUCAGAGAGGCCUUGCUGCUCAGGCUAUGUUUGGCCCACACAGGAGUGUGUGCCAUCUUCACAUCCUGCCAAGGAGAAAGCGCUUUGUGCCCAAGACUUUGCCUUCAGCUAUUAAACCUGCACGACACAGUGACAGAAGGAACGCCAUUACAACAAAUGCCUGUAUUGCCCCCCCCCAUGGUGGCGGCAUCUGUUGCUUUUCCUUCUAGAGUUUUUUUGUUUUGGCAUCUACAUCUAUGUGAAAGGUAAAAAAUAUCUUUGACCAGCAGGUCGGUGGGGGCAGGACAGAGUGUACAUUUAUAUUUCUAUUUUUGUCCUUAUUACAGGAAACAGGGCAAAAAUAAUUCUUUGCUAAUUAGAAUAAUAAUAAAAAGAACAGGAAAGAAUACCAGGUUUCUUUUUUUUGGUCUGUGUGAAAUUGAUACGGUCAUGUCCAAUGCCAGUGAAACUAGAGAAAUGGAUGUAUUUUCACAAAGUUUAUUCUGUAAAUGGUCUAAUAAGGAAUAUGUUCCAAUUUCAAUCGUUACUCGGUUUUGUGGAAUCAGUAACAUGCUGUCAAUUACCAGAGGAAAUCAUUUUAAUUCAUCCAAC